AUGGAAUCUGGGAGAAGGGGGUGGAAUCAGGGAGAAGGGGAUGAAAUCUGGGAGAAGGGGAUGGAAUCUGGGAGAAGGGGAUGGAAUAUGGGAGAAGGGGAUGGAAUCUGGGAGAAGGGGAUGGAAUCUGGGAGAAGGGGAUGGAAUCUAGGAGAAGGGGAUGGAUUCUGGGAGAAGGGGAUGGAAUCUGGGAGAAGGGGAUGGAAUAUGGGAGAAGGGGAUGGAAUCUGGGAGAAGGGGAUGGAAUCUGGGAGAAGGGGAUGGAAUCAGGGAGAAGAGGAUGGAAUAUGGGAGAAGGGGGUUGAAUCUGGGAGAAGGGGGUGGAAUAUGGGAGAAGGGGAUGGAAUCUGGGAGAAUGGGGAUGGAAUCUGGGAGAAGGGGAUGGAAUCUGGGAGUAGGGGAUGGAAUCUGGGAGAAGGGGAUGGAAUCUGGGAGAAGGGGAUAGAAUAUGGGAGAAGGGGAUGGAAUCGGGGAGAAGGGGAUGGAAUCUGGGAGAAUGGGAUGGAAUCUGGGAGAAGGGGAUGGAAUCUGGGAGAAGGGGAUGGAUUCUGGGAGAAGGGGAUGGAAUCUGGGAGAAGGGGAUGGAUUCUGGGAGAAGGGGAUGGAAUCUGGGAGAAGGGGGAUGGAAUCAGGGAGAAGGGGAUGGAAUCUGGGAAAAGGGGAUGGAAUUUGGGAGAAGGGGAUGGAAUCUGGAAGAAGGGGUGGAAUCUGGGAGAAGGGGAUGGAAUCUGGGAGAAGGGGAUGGAAUCUGGGAGAAGGGGAUGGAAUCUGGGAAAAGGGGAUGGAAUCUGGGAGAAGGGGAUGGAAUUUGGGAGAAGGGGAUGGAAUCUGGGAGAAGGGGGUGGAAUCUGGGAGAAGGGGAUGGAAUCUGGGAGAAGGGGAUGGAAUCUGGGAGAAGGGGGUGGAAUCAGGGAGAAGUGGAUGAAAUCUGGGAGAAGGGGAUGGAAUCUGGGAGAAGUGGAUGGAAUAUGGGAGAAGGGGAUGGAAUCUGGGAGAACGGGAUGGAAUCAGGGAGAAGAGGAUGGAAUAUGGGAGAAGGGGGUGGAAUCUGGGAGAAGGGGGUGGAAUCUGGGAGAAGGGGAUGGAAUCUGGGAGAAUGGGGAUGGAGUCUGGGAGAAGGGGAUGGAAUCUGGGAGUAGGGGAUGGAAUCUGGGAGAAGGGGAUGGAAUCUGGGAGAAGGGGAUAGAAUAUGGGAGAAGGGGAUGGAAUCGGGGAGAAGGGGAUGGAAUCUGGGAGAAUGGGAUGGAAUCUGGGAGAAGGGGAUGGAAUCUGGGAGAAGGGGAUGGAUUCUGGGAGAAGGGGAUGGAAUCUGGGAGAAGGGGGAUGGAAUCUGGGAGAAGGGGAUGGAAUCUGGGAGAAGGGGAUGGAAUCUGGGAGAAGGGGAUGGAAUCUGGGAGAAGGGGAUGGAAUCUGGAAGAAGGGGAUGGAAUCUGGGAGAAGGGGAUGGAAUCAGGGAGAAGGGGAUGGAAUCUGGGAAAAGGGGAUGGAAUUUGGGAGAAGGGGAUGGAAUCUGGGAGAAGGGGUGGAAUGUGGGAGAAGGGGAUGGAAUCUGGGAGAAGGGGAUGGAAUCUGGGAGAAGGGGAUGGAAUCUGGGAGAAGGGGAUGGAAUCUGGGAGACGGGGAUGGAAUCUGGGAGAAGGGGAUGGAAUCUGGAAGAAGGGGAUGGAAUCUGGGAGAAGGGGAUGGAAUCAGGGAGAAGGGGAUGGAAUCUGGGAAAAGGGGAUGGAAUUUGGGAGAAGGGGAUGGAAUCUGGGAGAAGGGGUGGAAUCUGGGAGAAGGGGAUGGAAUCUGGGAGAAGGGGAUGGAAUCUGGGAGAAGGGGAUGGAAUCUGGGAAAAGGGGAUGGAAUCUGGGAGAAGGGGAUGGAAUUUGGGAGAAGGGGAUGGAAUCUGGGAGAAGGAGGUGGAUUCUGGGAGAAGGGGAUGGAAUCUGGGAGAAGGGGAUGGAAUCUGGGAGAAGGGGGUGGAAUCAGGGAGAAGUGGAUGAAAUCUGGGAGAAGGGGAUGGAAUAUGGGAGAAGGGGAUGGAAUAUGGGAGAAGGGGAUGGAAUCUGGGAGAAGGGGAUGGAAUCAGGGAGAAGAGGAUGGAAUAUUGGAGAAGGGGGUGGAAUCUGGGAGAAGGGGGUGGAAUCUGGGAGAAGGGGAUGGAAUCUGGGAGAAGGGGAUGGAAUCUGGGAGAAGGGGAUGGAAUCUGGGAGAAGGGGAUGGAAUCUGGGAGAAGGGGAUGGAAUCUGGGAGAAGGGGAUGGAAUCUGGGAGAAGGGGAUGGAAUCCAGGAGAAGGGGAUGGAUUCUGGGAGAAGGGGAUGGAAUCUGGGAGAAGGGGAUGGAAUAUGGGAGAAGGGGAUGGAAUCUGGGAGAAGGGGAUGGAAUCUGGGAGAAGGGGAUGGAAUCAGGGAGAAGAGGAUGGAAUAUGGGAGAAGGGGGUGGAAUCUGGGAGAAGGGGGUGGAAUAUGGGAGAAGGGGAUGGAAUCUGGGAGAAUGGGGAUGGAAUCUGGGAGAAGGGGAUGGAAUAUGGGAGUAGGGGAUGGAAUCUGGGAGAAGGGGAUGGAAUCUGGGAGAAGGGGAUAGAAUAUGGGAGAAGGGGAUGGAAUCGGGGAGAAGGGGAUGGAAUCUGGGAGAAUGGGAUGGAAUCUGGGAGAAGGGGAUGGAAUCUGGGAGAAGGGGAUGGAUUCUGGGAGAAGGGGAUGGAAUCUGGGAGAAGGGUAUAG